UGGAGAUUGGGCCAAAAAUGGGCUUAAUAAGUGUAACCCAACGGGUUGACAUCCAAUGCAGCCCAACAGGUUAAUCAGUGUAACCCUCAGCUACUUUAACUCUCUCCACCUCUUCCAACUAGGUUAAAUCACUUUUUUUUUCUCAAUUUCAACGGAUUCCCCUGUUUUCAAUUCUCUCUCUGCUUGGAACAUGUUGCUUCUUAUAGCAAUCCUCGAAAUUGAUGGAACAUAUAGAUGAAAUCGAAGAGUCAAUUGAAGUCAGCUCUACAAGUGUAUGUAGGAAGACUUCUAAGGUAUGGGAUCACUUUUGGAAGUUACCACUUGACACUAAUCCGAAUAGUAGGUUGAGGGCAAAAUGUAAAGAAUGUGGUCAGGUAUAUUUGGCAGAUUCUACGGCUAGAACUUCAAACUUAAAGCGUCAUCGAGCUAAACGCCAUAGCCAUGUGUCAGAAUCGGGUCGUUAUCCAGUUGUGAAUAAUGAAAUGUUCCGUGAAUUGAUGGCCAAAGCUAUAGUAAGGCAUAAUUUACCUUUUGCAUUUGUGGAUUAUGAAGGGAUAAGAGAGAUACUUAGUUUCUUGAAUCCUAUAGUUUCUUGAACCCUACUGUCAAGACUAUUUCAAGAAAUACUUCAAAGGUUGAUGUUUUAAAAUUAUAUCAGAAGCAAAAAGAAAUAGUUCAUAAUGAAAUUGCAAAAAUUCCUAGUAGAGUGUGCUUGACUACUGAUUUGUGGACAUCAAUUACCUUAAAUGGUUACUUUUGUUUGACGGCUCAUUAUGUUGACUUGAAUUGGAUUUUACAGAAGAGGAUUCUGAUAUUCCGUCAUGUGCCUCCUCCGCAUACUGGUCAAGUUUUGGGGCCAAUAUUGAUUAACUUUUUGAAGGAAUGGGGAAUCGAGAAGAAAAUAUUUUUGAUAACCUUAGAUAAUGCAAGUUACAAUGAGAAAAUUGUGGAUAGUUUGAAAGAGAACUCAAACUUGAUGGAUUCUUUGGUAUGUGACGGGGACUUUCUCCAUAUUCGUUGUGCAAAUCAUAUCUUAAAUCUGAUUGUGAAAGCAGGUCUAAAGUAAAUAGAGGCUCCCAUCUUUAACAUAAGAGAAAGUAUUAAAUAUGUGAAAGGUUCCGAGUCGAGGAUAAUAAAGUUUGUGGAUUGUAUCAAGAAUCUUGGAUUGAAGUUGACCGGGAAAGUGCGUCAAGAUGUGCCUACGAGAUGGAACUACACGUUUCUUAUGAUUGAGAGUGCAAUUCCUUAUCGUCGGGCCUUUUUUGACUUUAAAUUACUUGAUGUGAAUUUUAAAUGCUGUCCUUCAGAAAUGGAUUGGUAUAAGGCAGAAACAAUUGCCAAAUUCCUAAAACCUUUUGAUGAAAUCACUACUUUGUUCUCGGGAAGCCAAUAUCCAACGGCCAAUUUAUUUUUUCAGAAAGUGUGGGAAAUUCAUUUGUUGAUACUAGAAGAGAAAAUUAGUCAACACUCUGAUAUCAGGGAAAUGGCGGAGGAAAUGGAAAAAAAAAUUUCAAAGUAUUGGGAAGAGUAUACUCCAGUUUUAUCUUUGGCAGUCGUUCUUGAUCCUCGAUACAAGUUAAAGUUUGUGAAAUUCUGCUUUUCAAAGCUUGAUUUUUUGACUUGUAACGCAAAAGUGAAGGUUGUUUUGUUGAUUUUGCAUCGAUUAUUUAAGGAGUAUGUGAAAUCUCCAGCAGCUAAUAGCGCAUUGGUGGAAAGUAUUGUUGAUGGAUGUGAUAGUGAAGUAAGAGAUGUAAUGGAUGAGUAUGACUUGUUUGAGAGUCAGUCAGAAUCUAAUUCGGAAAAAACACAAUUAGAUUUAUAUUUGGAAGAGCCUGUACUUGUCCGAAGGGGAAAUGAAAAUCUAGAUGUACUUAAAUUUUGGAAAGAUAACAUGAUUAGAUACCCUGAGCUAUCAAUGAUGGCACGAGAUGUUUUAAGUAUACCUAUUAGUACUGUUGCGUCUAAAUCAACGUUCAGUAUUGGAGGACGAGUAAUUGGGAAAUAUGAAAGUUCAAUCUUACCAGAAAUUGCAGAAGCUAAGUUGUGUGCUCAAGAUUGGCUCUACGGAAAUGGAGUGGCUGAUGAUUCUGACGAAGAUGAUAUUGAAAUUGAUGUGGAGAAGAUUGUCGCUAGGUGCUGAUAACUACUAUGGCAUAGGUAAACCAAAAUAGAGACAUUGUUGCUUGCCAUCUUCUUGUGUAUUGUUCUACAC